AUGAAAUGCCACAAAAUACGAAUAGAAGAAGAAUAGAUAAGAAGAAGAGUCUCAAUUACUUUACUUCAAUUUUUUUCUUUUUUCUGGAAAAAGACAAAAAGACGGGCAAUUUCAGAUUUUGGAAUAUUUCAACACUUUAUUCAUUCACCAGAUUAUGAGUAUUAUUGAAUUUGAAAUUGAUGAAGUACGUAAACUUUGUGAAAAUGUUGUUCCCAACUCAAAAAUAAUUGCGUGCACUGCAGCUGCCCCAGCGCCCUUUAUACGUGUUGAUAUCCACGAGAAUCAGUUCUAUCGUCAACUUACAGCGUGUCUUCGUUUUCCAAACGAUUAUCCCAAAGAAGCGGUUCUAAUUGAAUUGAAAAGCAAAACUCUUUCGGAUAAGUUUCUUCAAGGUUUGACAAGUGUUUGCGAAAAACAAUUGCAACAAGAGUUCUUGGGAAAACCUCAGUGUCUGAAGGUUCUCAAGUUUUUGCAACAGUAUGUUCAAGAUAACCCGCUGUGCGUAUGUUUCGAUGAGAUACAGCAAUUGCGUAAAGAUUUGGGACCUGAAGCAACUGCGGACCAGUUAAAGCUGAAACAGAAAGCAAGUGCGAUUCAUUUCACCGCUAAAGGUGGGGAGUAUUAUUACCGAUUAAAGGCUGUGGUACCUGAUGAUUAUCCGCAACAUUGUGUUGAAUUGCAACAGCAGGAAACAAAUCUUCCUGCCAUUUUGUUGCGAUAUUUAAAUGGCCAAUCACGUGAAAUUGCUCGUCAAUGCGUAGAGCCGCCGUUGCGUAUGCCCAAAGGAAAAACUAUAGCCGAUUUUCAACCAGUACCCUCGCUUUAUAGAGCGUUAAAGUUUUGCCUUGAGGCGACAAGAGGAUUUCAUAUGGAGGAAUGCCCUAUAUGUGGACAAUUGGUAUUACCUCGUAACCCAAAUGAUUUGGAGAAGGACGAAAACAAAGACUCGUAUGUUGAACGUGUAUAUUGCGGCCAUUUGUUCCAUCAGGGUUGCCUGAAGUUGUACCUGUCAGAGCCUCCAUUUCCCAAGGGUGGGAAACUUUGUCCAGCUAAACGUCGUCAUUUACGUUCGGAUGCUACAUAUUAUAUGGGCGGCAUGCAAGGUUCAAAAAUGCCCAAAAUAUUACCCGAUGAAGGUGGUGCUUGCGGUAUACGUUUAGCCCAUGAUCGUUGGGUGGUCAAUGUGAAAGUUGCCGAAAGUCGUUGGGCCCAAAAACAAGCACGUCAGCGAGAAUUGGAAGAGGUUGUGGAUUUCUUGAAGUGAUUUAAAAAGAGGCUUUAUACGACAUUUACAUGACAAAUUUUUAAGAAGAAAUCAUCAAAUUCAAUAUUAUGUGACAAUGUCUCUUUUUAAUAAAAUUAUUCCUUGCAAAAGAA